AUUUCUAAAACAACUCACCAACCAAGAAAACAUCCUAAAACUUCUCUCAACCUCCUUCUCCUUCUCUAAAUAUGGAAAACCCAACAAUAAAUUUUGUUCAAAACUCGCUCAUCAAUCCUUACAAAUCAAAAGAGAACUACCCACAAAAGGCAAAAGGGAUGUCCUUCUUUGCAUUUGUUUUCUCUAUAUUUAUCUACGUCUCUAUCUUCUAUAUCUUCAACCUCUCCCCUUCAAAACUCUUCAACACUUCCAAGUUUUGGUUCUUUAUUUCCAAUACUCUCAUUAUCAUCAUUUUAGUAGAUUAUGGUACAUUCUCUUCCUCCUCAAAAGAAAGACAGCAGCAUGAUCUUUACCAAGAGUACAUAAUGAUCAGAAGGCAACGAAGUGCUCCAUCAUUCAACAGAAGCUGUUCUCACGUUAUCAAGACAUGCAAACCCGAAGAAGAGGUUAAGGAGUUUGGAGAAAAGAAGAAACUUACCCAUCAAAGAAUCAAACUUCCUGAUAAAAGAUUGUCAGUUGGUCCUGAAAGUAGCGGACCUAAAAUGCCUGCUAAAACCAAUUCUCAAGGCAAGAAAACUGAAAAGCAUUGCACAUUCAAUAUUGAAGACAAGAAGCUUGAAAGUGCAACAAAACAUGAUUGUAAUAGUGAAGGCGGUGACAAGGAGAAGGCAAUGACAAAAACAUUGCUACGUAGUAAAUCAGAAAUUGCUAAAAGGGUAGUGAUUGACGAGAGUAAGAACAUUGUUAGAACGGUAGCAACAGAAAAAUAUGAUACAAUAUCACCGGACUCUAUAGAUGAAGAAGAAGAAAAUAAUGAGUAUGCAAAUAUGUCGGAUGAAGAAUUAAACAGAAGAGUUGAGGAGUUUAUUCAAAGAUUCAAUAGGCAGAUUCGGCUUCAAAGAGAUGUUUAUUAGAGUAUAUAUAUAUAUUUCUGUAGGGGGAUUCGUAAUAGUUAGAGACAGUAAAUUGCAAAAUUAGAGGGAAAGUAAAUAGGAUGAGAUAUUCCAAGACAUUUUCUUUUCUUUUGUCUUCUUGCUUAUGUUUAUGUGUCUAUGUAUUGUCUUCCACUAGCUCUUUAUGUUAAUGUAAAUGCUUUAGACUCUUGUUCGGAGACUUGUCCUUGUUAAUAUACUAUUCUUUGCCUUUGUUA